AUGUUGAGAUACUUGUUCGCUUUGCAAAUAAAACGUGACUUGGUUACGGGCACUUUACUGUGCAGUGAGAAUACGGCUGCACUACUAGCUUCAUACAUUGUCCAAGGUAAUAUUCAUACUGUUUAUGUUGAAAUUGAUUCUUUCCAGCACAAAAAUGUAUCAAUGUCUUCUUCCCGGUUACUGAACGUCCCUAAAACAAUUAUUAACCUGAAAUCGGUGAUUUUAUACAUGAAGAAUACAGAAACCAUUGCCUAUUUAAAACCAUUAAGAUUACUUCAUGAACCGAAUGAUGAGCGCCUACGUCGAGUUAGAGAUUUUCACAAAGCUCAUGUUGGAUUAACGCCAACAGAGGCAGAUUUCGCUUUACUGGAUACAGCAAGAAAAAUUGAAUUCUAUGGUGUUCGCUUACAUUUUGCUCGGGAUCAUGAAGGUUUAGCACUAAAUCUCGCGGUUACACACCUUGGCUUACUAGUGUUUCAAAAUUUGAUAAAGGUGAAUACAUUUUCUUGGGCGAAAAUACGUAAAUUAAGUUUCAAACGGAAAAAAUUUCUCGUCAAAUUGCAUGCAGAUACUUAUGAUACAAUUGAAUUUAUUUUCGAUUCGCGUGACGAGUGCAAACAAUUCUGGAAAAAAUCAAUUGAACAUCAUACAUUUUUCCGGUGUACCUAUCCUGAUCGUUCAUUACAAAGACGUUCACGCCUAACAUCGAGUGGAUCAUCAUAUAGAUACAGUGAUGUAACACAACUCAUUUUUGAAACAUUGUGUCAAAAUGCCAAGUUUGAAACUCGUGCCCAGUCGAUUGGUUCUUUACUUCUUUUACAGUUUAUUUUAAGAGUUGUAGAAGUAAGUAGUUUAAUUGCCGAGGCCCUAAUAACUUUGAAAUAUUCAUCACUGUAA